GGCAACAGGACCGUUGUACACUAACCUUUAGUUUGAAAGGUUCUCAAAAGUUACCAAGAUGGUAACGCACGCACUCUUCGAGUCGGCGUCGGGGUACGCUAUAUUCAAGGUCAAGCUCCAUGAAGAUAUCGGGACGAACACGCAGGCGAUGCAGGACAGCAUCGACGACCUCUCCAAGUUCGCCAAAAUGGUCACUCUUGUCAGCUUUUCGCCUUUCAAGAGCGCAGCAGACGCUUUGGAGAACAUCAAUGAUGUGUCGGAAGGUUUGAUCACCGAGCACCUGCGAUCCAUCCUCGAGCUCAACCUGUCCAAAUCCCAGAAGGCUUCAAAGAUCAGCCUCGCUGUCUUCGACUCUGGCCUUGCCUCUAACAUCAAGGACACCCUGAACAUCGGCUGCGACACCUCUGAGAUCUCGCAAACCAUCAUCCGCGGUAUCCGCCAGCACGCCGCCAAGCUGCUCACCGGCCUCGAGGCGAACGACCUCUCCAAGGCGCAGCUCGGGCUCGGGCACAGCUACUCCCGCGCGAAGCUGAAGUUCAACGUGAACCGCGUCGACAACAUGAUCAUCCAGGCCUCGGCGCUGCUCGACCAGCUCGACAAGGACGUGAACCUGUUCGCGAUGCGCGUGCGCGAGUGGUACGGCUACCACUUCCCCGAGCUCGCGAAGCUCGUCGCGGACAACUACGCGUACGCGCGCGUCGCGCUCUUCGUCGGGGACAAGGACACGCUCGACGAGGCUCGGCUCCCCGACCUCGCGCGCAUCCUCGAGGACGACGCGACCGCCGCGCAGAACGUGCUCGACGCCGCGCGCGGGUCGAUGGGCAGCGCGCUCUCGGACGUGGACAUGCUGAACAUCUCGGCGUUCGCGCAGCGCGUGAUCAGCAUCGCGGACUACCGCCGCUCGCUCGUCGCGUAUCUGAGCGAGAAGAUGAACCAGGUGGCGCCGAGCUUGACGGCGCUGCUCGGGGAGCGCAUCGGCGCGCGGCUUAUUAGCCAUGCGGGGAGCUUGACGAACUUGAGCAAGUAUCCCGCGAGCACGGUGCAGAUUCUCGGGGCGGAGAAGGCGCUGUUCCGCGCGCUGAAGACGAAGGGUAAUACGCCAAAGUAUGGCCUGCUUUACCACUCGUCAUUCAUCGGCCGUGCCGGACCCAAGCACAAGGGCCGGAUAUCACGAUUCCUCGCCAACAAGUGCUCCAUUGCCUCGCGUAUCGACUGCUACACUGACAACCCUACCCCCAAGUUCGGUGUCGCCCUCCGCGAGCAGGUCGAGGAGCGCCUCACCUUCUUCGAGACCGGUGCGCCACCAUCAAAGAACGCAGAUGCGAUCCGCAAGGUCCUGGACAGCCUCGACCUCGAGGAUGACGAUGAGGAGGACGAGGAUGCCGAGCCCGCGUUGCCGCUGAUCGAGGCUGAGCCCCCGAAGAAGAAGGGCAAGAAGGAUAAGAAGGAGAAAAAGGAUAAGAAGCGGAAGGCGGACGAGAUGGAGGUGGAUGAGGACGAGGAGACCGAGAGCGAGCCGGUGAAGAAGGUGAAGCUGUCGAAGGAGGAGAAGAAGGCGCUGAAGAAGGCGGCGAAGAAGGAGGCGAAGAAGGUCGCAAAGGAGGCUGAGGACGCGGGUGAUGGCGAGUCGAAAAAGGAGAAGAAAAAGAAGGAGAAGAAGCAAAAGGACAAGUCAUGAGGCGAUCGUCUACGUGUCUAUGUUUUUUAUGUAUGCUCCUGUCUUACUGCUUCUCAUGCUUAUUUGCUUCCCG